AUGUCGUCGUCGCCGCAACCAAAUGCCAAGCCCGGCCACUUGGGCUUGUUUUUGCCUCCGGCUUGCCGUCCACAACAACAUGCCCGCCCACUCAUCACCCGCACCAACACCUCAUCGUUCAGUCCCCCUCGUACAUCAUUUUUGCAUCUUCUCACCAUCCUGCUGAAGCACCUGCAACACGCCGCUGACAUUCCGGGUGAGCCGCCACGCCCCCUGAGACUGUUCUGCAGCAAACGCGUCCGUCUCGUCCGACCGCCAGACCAAGUCUUGAGGCAACGACAGCGCCGUGUCUUCAUCACUCGCGCGCCUGAAGGACCCGACCAGCAACACCACCAGCAUCUUCAAGAAGGCAUUGAUCUUCCACGACCGGCCCGUCAUCUAGCUAUGGGCAGCCUACUGGUGGACGUCAACAGCUUGUCUUGCUCGACAACAUUCACCCACCUCGAGGCUCGCACCAGUCGGUCGCGCUUCCCGACGGAUGCGCCCCAAGAACAACAUCGUUGUACCAGCGCCAUCGAUGCUACAGCCACCUCGCGAACGCAAGCUGGACCAGGUGCAAAUGCGCCCGGCAGGCCGAACUGCUACCAUAUCCGGCGCUCCCCAAACGGCUCCGUACCCAUCGAGAUGAAUGGAGACAUCAAGAACCGUAAGCUCCAACAUCUCAAAGGGUACUUGACAUGUCGCCAUCUCAAACGAAGCUUCAAUGGCCGGCUCUACGUCCUGCUCAUGCACUCUCGGGCAUCAAGAUCCACCGGAAUCGCCAUUCUCGGGCAUCACCGUCCACCCAAAUCGCGAUCCAUCCGCACUGCGACCCCUUCAACAUCUUGCGUCCUCGCGUCCUCGGCGUCCGACGCAAUGGCGCAAGUCUCAUGA